AUUUUGACAAUCAAUGGCUUCAAGUUAUGACAAAAUAUAACAUGCUCUCUAACAAACAUGUAAUUGGUUUAUAUCAAAUCAAGCACUUUUGGGUACCAUGUUACCUCUGUGGGCAUUUUUUUGGUGGAAUAACAACAACCGGAAGAUCAGAAAGUAUAAAUGCAUUUAUUAAAUGGUUUGUUAGUUCUCACACAAACUUGAUCCAACUCAUCAAACAAGUUGAUCUUGCCAUUGAAGAUAUUGAGCAAACACAAUCACAUGAUAUGAUAUUGGAGACAUAUAGAGGUUCUUCUUUAAGAUCAAUGUCACCGUUGGAAGACCAAGCACAUAGUGUUUUGACGCCCUAUACUUUCAAGAUUUUUCAAGAGGAAUUUAGAAGAGCAACACAAUAUUCGGUGCUUCAAGAAAAUGGUAUUCAAUUUGUGCUACAAUAUUAUAAAGAUGAAACUGGUCAAAGGCUCAAAGUAUUAUGGGAUGGUAAGAUGACAUAUUGUAGUUUCAAGAAUUUUGAAUUUGUGGGUAUACUUUGUCGUCAUGUACUUAGUGUAUUCCUUCAUAAAGAUUGUUACCAAAUUCCAUCCUUGUAUUUACCACCACGUUGGUGUCAUGAAACAUCAUUAAGUGAAAAAGAAUUGCUAGUGGUGGAUGAUGAAAAUUUAGUGGACAAGGAAAAUACGGUUGAUGCUAAUGUUAAUGAUAUGAUUGAUGGAGAUUGCUUCAUUAAUUGUCCGCUACUCUCAAAGAUAAAAGUUCGUCCAAAGCAAAAACGAAUGAAAGGUAGAAGAGAAUUUGGAAAGAAAAAGAAGUCUUGUGGCUUUUGCAAGCAUGUUGACCAUAACAUUUCAACAUGUUCGGAGAAAGAUAAUUGUACUUCCUCAAAUGGUGCGGAAAAAAGAAAAAAAUGUACUUCAAGUGAAAUUGGAUUGAAUCCAAUAUUUUCUUUGAAAUGUUAGGCAUAAACUCUUGAGCUUGUAAAAGAAAAAAAUUAUGACAAUAUUGUGUUUGUUAAUUUUGACAAUAUA